AUGUCGACGGGCAAAGCUAUAUGCCUGUACCUAAACCAGGGGACGCUGAAAUCCGUAUUAGAUACUUUCGAAGAUCUGUACCCGGUUUUGGACGAAAAUGCCGAUAUUGAUGAAGACGAUAGGGUGACUGAGGAAGAGAAGAAAGUCGUUAGCAGCACCAUGAAAUUGAUAUACACCAGCAUAGGAGUACUAGGGACGUUUAUUUCCAUGGUCGUACUGAGCUUCAUUCUCCUGCCGAUUGUCCUUAUCCUGUACAUCUACUUCACUACGGGCAACUUCGAACACGAAAACGUAAUAUUAGAACACAGUUUUUUGGCCACGAUGGUCGUGAAAAAAGACUUCAAUAAGUCGGCCAUGUACAGUAUAUUCUGGCUCAAACUAUCCGGAAUAACCAUGGAUUUAUUGGACACGAAGAAACCUUUUAAUUACUUCGCCACUUACUACCUUUAUUAUUUCAAUUGUCUCUUCCUAUUUUCGCAUGUGGCUGGUGAAGUUAACUUUAUGAUCGACGCGAUAAACAACGGAAAGAGUGUCAUAGACGUAGCACAUUUGUUACCUCUAAAUGCCAUAACAUUUCUUUCCAUAGCGAAGAGUUGCUUCUUGUUCUUUAACCAAGGUGUGCUCAAGUCUAUUCUGGAUAGACUAGAGGAAUACCAUCCGAGUACAGAAGAUGCUGAUAAGCCGAAUGAUAGGGAACAAAAAUUAGUGGCUAAGUCGGUAAAAACGAUAGUGUUUUCGACCUAUACCCUGGGGUUGAUAGUGAGCAUAAUGAUAAUGACAUUCUUCAUAAUACCGAUCGCGAUUAUGGCUCACAGCUAUCUAACGAGUGGUGAAAUUAAAUAUAUUACGCCGUUUUUGGUGAAAUACUUCUUCAAUAUAGAUAACACGUUCAAUUGGGCAGUAAUUUAUAUUCACCAUAUUUGGACAACGCUGGUAGUUUGUGGAAAUGUGUACGGAGCUGACAUCCUGAUUCUUCUCUUCUGCUGCUACAUCAAGAUGCACUUUGAGCUGAUCGGCAAGCGAUUCGAAGGCGUCAUCAACGACGACUCCUUGGAGACCACGCAGAAGAAUAUAAGGAAGCUGAUCAUGCGCCACCAGUCCAUUCUAAAUUUAGUGGAGGCAAUGGACGUACUGUUUUCAAAAGCCACCCUCAUCCAGUGCGUCAUUUCCUCCAUUAUGAUAUGUUUCUGCUUGUUCACCGCCACUUUCACAGAGAGCACCCUCAACCUCAUCACGUUCGCGCUGUUCCUGUUCAUGAUCCUGGUGGAGAUGAUGAUGCUGUGCUACUUCGGCGACAUGCUCAUAUCCGCUAGCACUGAGUUUGGUGACGACGUGUACCGAUGCGCUUGGUACAACGCUCAUCCCUCUAUUAUGAAGGACCUCAUUUUUAUUUUACAAAGAUCACAAACCCCCUGCAAAAUAACUGCCCUGGGAUUCGCAGACCUCAGGCUUAUGACUUUUACGUCGAUCCUGAGUUCGUCUUGGUCGUACUAUGCGUUAAUAAGAACCAUGUAUGAGUAA